UACAUUAAAGCUCUAUUGAACGAAGACAAAACCAUCCAUAUUAUUAAUCAGCACACUGAAAUAGAAGAGGAGGAGAUUGAAAGAGGCGUAUACCCAGCUUAUCAGCACGUUGUAUUGAUGAAACUCGAUUCAACGCAUAAAAAGAAUGCGACGGUGAACGGAAUGCUAUGUUUGACAGCCAGCAAUGAAAUUGAUACUGCCAAACUUGAAAACAUGACGACAAUUCUGAAUGCCGUCAAUAUGCGAUGUGUUAACGAGCUACUAGCAAUAAAUUAUCAGGAACAGUUGAUUAUUGCCAGAGAUUUGGCUGUAUUGGAUGCCGAGAAUAAACUAAAGUUCUUAGCUGACAUGAGUCAUGAGAUAAGGACGCCUAUGAAUGCAGUCAUUGCAUUAACAGAUUUACUACUGCAGGAACGAUCCAGUUUGAACCUGGAGCAAGUAGAGCAUUUAGAGGUUAUACAAACGAGUGGCAGUCAUUUAUUAACUAUCAUAAAUGACAUUUUGAAUAUAUCUAAAUUAAAUCACGAUCCAAAAUUCAAGCUUGAGAAUAGACGAUUCAGUUUAAGGAAAUGCCUAAAAGAUACUUUAAACAUGGCUCGUCAUCAAGCCUCCAUGAGCCAGCAGAACAAAGUCGUAUAUGUGAUCGAAUAUCCACCGGACAAAGACGAUAAUAUCCCAUUGCCUGAACUUAUUGUACAGUUGGAAGAUAAGGGCAUUCUUCUUAGACCUCUGAUGCAUAAGAAAGGUAAAACUGUACUACCAAUUAUAUGGAAGAUUGAUUCCGACGUACCUGAUCACCUGGUUGGCGAUACAAUGCGCUUGACACAAAUUUUGCUGAAUCUUUGCUCUAAUGCUGUCAAGUUUACCAAAGAAGGCGGUAUCCAUGUACGAAUUAAACGAUCUACUCCGACUCCACUUCGUACUAGUGCUUCUUCUCAAACGCGUAAUACAGAAAGAUGUAUGACAUUUAAAGAAAGAUACGAUGCCAAAAUAGAGACAAUAUGGAAUCAGGCUAGAGAAAAGUCAAAUUCUUACAACCCUAAUGUUUCUCCUGGAUCUUCAGGCGCUUCUUCAGCGGGUGGUCUCACCACGGCUGCCUCUGAAGACUCUGAGAAUGCAGACUAUUUUACCGAAAAGGCUAUAUUAGAAGUAUCUGUAACGGACACCGGCAUUGGCAUACCUGCUGACCGUCUGCCUAAAUUAUUCAAAUCAUUUUCUCAAAUCGACAUCUCCACAGCACGAAGAUACGGUGGUACCGGUUUGGGUCUGGCUAUUUCCAGUACUCUAGUCAACCGUAUGGGUGGAUGCUUGUGGGUAGAAUCUGAGGAGAAUGUAGGCUCACGAUUUGCCCUGACUUUACCAUUUACCGUAGCCCCCCGGGGUAGAAAAUAUAGCAGUGACACCGCACCUUUGGGUUUUGCAGGCUCACCGUCGUCUCCUUGUUCGACGGCGUCUGAUAGUAACAGUAGUGUACAUUCGGCAGCGGGUAAUAGCGCUAAUAACAACGAUUUAGUAUCACCAGUCACAUCUUCAGUAUAUACUUUUGCUACACCAGCGUUGAAUAGUAACUUAACUAGUUCAGGCUACUUUCCAACCGCUUCUUCAACGACAAAUUCGACAAACUUUCCGCAGUUGCAUACCCAACAACAACAACAACAACAGCAACAGCAACAGCAACAGCAACAGCCACAGCCACAGCCACAGCCACAGCAACAGCAACAACAGAUACGACAGUCUGUGCCCCCACCCUAUCAGCAACAUCAACCAUAUACCCUUCGCCCUACUUUAUCACGAACUUGUCACUCACAACCCUAUUUGCCUAAUGGGUAUAAUGUACGCUCAGAUAAUUCGUUCACUUCUCAGCUUUUGCAAAAUUGCAAAUCAAGUGAAAGAGGAAUGGCGACAAGCGUACCUGAUAACACCUCGAUGAAUACUAUUGCAUCAUUUGCAAGCAGUACACCUGAAGAAGGUAGACAAGCGGGUGCAAAUGUAAAUAGCGGCUUGUUAGAGGGCAAUGCUAAAGCGCCAUUGCGGAGUAGCAGCAGCAGAAAAGCACUUAAUGAUGGUUUUUCACCAGCUAGUCGAAACUCGCGUAUCGGUAUAACAAAACAGUACUUUAACCGAAAACCGCAAAGCAAAGAAGAAAAUUUGGCAAAAGUUUAUCCUUUAAGGAUUCUUUUGGCAGAGGAUAAUAUAUUGAAUCAGAAGAUUGCAAUAAGUAUUUUAAAGCGCUUAGGAUAUGUAGAUGUUGAAAUAGCCAAUAAUGGAAAAGAAGUGUUGACAUUGAUGAAGUCAUCCGUUUUUGACGUAAUAUUCAUGGAUCUUUAUAUGCCUGAAAUGGAUGGUUUAGAAGUAACUCGAGAGAUUAUCAGAGAGCGAGAACGAGGUAAUACUGACAGCAUGGACUUAACAACAUCUUCUGAAGACCAUGCUGAUAAUAUAGCUCAACAAUCGAAUACGACGAGUGCUACCAACUUUGUAAAGCUUGGUCUUCUUAAUGCCACGGAGGUAUAUAUUAUUGCUCUCACGGCUUCAGCCUCGCGUGAAGACCGACAAAUUUGCAUUGAUUCAGGAAUGGAUGAUUUUAUCAGUAAACCAUUCACAAUGACAGAAAUGAAGCAAGCAUUGAAGACGUGUGCGAAUAAGCGUAAAAAACGGAGAAAAUUAAUGCAAAAGCAAACAGGAUUUAAGAUUGAGGAAGAAGGUGUCCAUAACAUGAGUGGCAGCACGAAUACUUCUCCUUCGACAAGUGUCGGUGAUAAUGAUACUGCGACUACCGCUGACGAUCCCAUGCUGGACGUUCAGGCUUCACCUACGGAAUCUUAAUAGUUUGAUCCUAUUAUACACUUAUAUGCAUACCCUCAACUUCUAUUUUAUCAUGUCGUUUUAUCCUUUUUUCCUCUAUUUAUUCUUAUAUUAUUACUACAAAGUUUUGUUCCCCCUCGCCGUAAUAGCCUGUCUUAUUCGUGUAUAUACAUCUUGAAAAUAUGGAUUAUGUUUCCAGGUUUCCUGUGUACUAUUUAUAUAAAAGGGUUGUGCCUUUUCAGUAUUGCAUUACUGUAACUGUUGAUACCAUCUUAAUAAG